AUGCCCCCGUCUGCCUCCCGUGUCCCCUGUGUGCCUCCCUUGUGCCUCCCGUGUCCCCCGUGUGCCUCCCAUGUGCCUCCCGUGCCCCCCGUGCCCCCCGUGUCCCCCGUGUGCCCCCCGUACCCCCGUGUGCCUCCCGUGUCCCCCGUGCCCCCCGUGUGCCUCCCAUGUCCCCCGUGUGUCUUCCGUGCCUCCCUUGUGCCCCCCAUGUGCCCCCGUGACCCCGUGUGCCUCCCGUGUCCCGCGUGUGCCUCCCGUGUCCCCCGUGUGCCUCCCGUGUGCCUCCAAUGUCCCUCCCGUGUCCCCCGUAAGCCUCCCGUGUGCCUCCCAGUGCCUCCCGUGUCCCCCGUGUGCCUCCCGUGUGCCUCCCAUGUGCCUCCCGUGCCACCCGUGUGCCUCCCGUGUGCCUCCCAUGUGCCUCCUGUGUCCCCCAUGUGUCUCCCGUGUCCCCCGUGUGCCCCCCAUGACCCCGUGUGCCUCCCGUGUCCCCCGUGUGCCCCACGUGUCCCUCCCGUGUCCCCCGUAUGCCUCCCGUGUCCUCCGUGUGCCUUCCCUGCCCCGUGUGCCUCCUGUCCUGUCCCCCGUGCCCCGUGCCCCGUGUCCCCGUGCCCCGUGUGCCUCCCGUGUGCCCCGUGCCCCCCGUGUGCCUUCUGUGUCCCCCAUGUGUCUCCCGUGUCCCCCGCCCCCCCCCCCCCCCCCCGUAUCCCUCCCGUGUCCCCCGUGUGCCUCCCGUGUGCCCCCCGUGCCCCUCGUGCCCCUGUGGUAUGUGUGUUACCACGUGUGACGAUAAUGUAUUCCAAAUUUGUAUUCAUCAACAUGAGUGUAUUUGCAAGCAAGAAAGAUCAUUUGUGUUGA